UGACUGAAGCGGCAGCGGACUCGCGGAGCCGCUGACAAGCCUCCGGUCCGCGCCGCCGAGGACGGAAGUGACAGGAGGAGCUGCACCAGAACCAGCCAGCGGGACACGCAGCCGUCAGCCUGGACAUGUCUACCGCCUACAAAAACAGAAUACAGGAGUUCAAAUUAGCCUUGAGUGAAGAAAACAUAAAGCUGAAGACUCUGCGAGAGCUUUGCUUCAAUGGAAUCCCAUUUGAAGGAGGCAUACGAGCACUUUGCUGGAAGAUCCUUCUCAAUUACCUGCCCCUCGACCAGACGUUAUGGGAGUCUUUCCUCAAAAAGCAGAGGGAAGUGUACUCGCAGUUCUUGAAGGAAAUGAUCAUCCAGCCCGGCAUCGCCAAAGCCAACAUGAGCUUCUCCAGGGAAGACGUGACCAUGGAGGACCAUCCUCUGAAUCCAAACCCUGACAGCAGGUGGAAUACGUACUUCAAGGACAAUGAGAUCCUGCUGCAGAUUGACAAGGACGUGAGACGGCUGUACCCGGACAUGGCCUUCUUCCAGCGCCCCACUGAGUACCCCUGCCAGCUCAUCCUGGACCCUCAGAACGACUACGAGACGCUGCGUCGGCGGGUCGAGCAGACCACGCUGAAGGCGCAGACCGUGAACUGCAACCGCAGCGGCGUGACCAACGUGAGCUCUCCUGGAAAAGCCUUGAACCUCUAUCCAUCCAAUGAGUACGAGGUGCUGCCCAAUGGGAGUGAAGCUCACUGGGAGGUGGUGGAGCGGAUCCUCUUCAUCUACGCCAAACUCAACCCUGGCAUCGCCUACGUCCAGGGCAUGAACGAGAUCGUGGGGCCCAUUUAUUACGCCUUCGCCACGGACCCCAACAGUCAGUGGAAAGAGCACGCCGAAGCCGACACCUUCUUCUGUUUCACCAACCUGAUGUCCGAGAACAGGGACAACUUCAUCAAGAGCCUGGACGACUCUCAGUGCGGCAUCACCUACAAGAUGGAGAGCGUGUACUCCAUGCUCCGGGACAAGGACCUGGUGCUGUACCUGAAGCUGGAGGAGCAGAACAUCAAGCCGCAGUACUUCACCUUCCGCUGGCUCACGCUGCUGCUGUCCCAGGAGUUCCUGCUGCCAGACGUCCUGCGCAUCUGGGACACGCUGUUUUCCGACGAGGACCGCUUCCACUUCCUGGUGCUGGUGUGCUGCGCCAUGCUCAUACUCAUCAGGGACAAAAUAUUGGUGGGCGACUUCACCAUGAACAUGAGGCUGCUGCAGGAUUACCCCAUCUCAGACGUGCACACCAUCUUGACCAAGGCCAAAGAGCUGCAGGACAGCUCCUAACCUGUCCUCCCUGCUCCCUCGUCCUCGGCCCUGUGCUUUGGAGGCGGGAGCUCGUACUCCACAGACAUUGUCGUGUCAGUAAGUGUUUUGGAAGAACAUUCUCCACGAGGAGCACGGCCGGCUGCGAGAACCAGCAGCCGGUGGUCGUCUGGUCAGAGGAGGCCGGGUUGAACUGCUGCUCAGGGAGCAGGGAGCUGGGAACCGCGUGAGAUCUGCUCCCAGUUAACACUACACCUCCACCGUGGUUCUGUACAGUCUGUAUCGAGCAACUCUCUUUUUUUAGUUUUUAAAGUUUGAAUGUGGAAGGUUUCUGCUUAUCUUUUCAUCGAUGUGAAGCAGGUAGCAGCAUUUCUGGUAAUAUUUUCAGCCUCUUAUUAAUAAUAAAAAUGUCCUGGCGACGGCCUGGUACUGAAGAUGUAUUAGUUCUGGUGAGAACAUGGACGGGGGGUUUCACACAAGACGCUCUCCCAGUUGUUUCCCUCUCUUCCUGCCUCUGAACAAGGACCAGACCUGCCAGAUUCAGAUUCACUGACCACUGAGGAUGCUGAGAGGGUCGAACCAAACGUUGCUACGUUAGACUUAACUUGAUGAUGAUGAUGAUUCCUCAUAUUUGAAUAGCUGCCCUCAUGUACCUUCCUGUUCAAGUCAAACUAGCUAAGUGAAUGGACCCAAAUCAGCAUCUUCUCAAAGGCUUUGUUGUGGUGUCAGUAGAGGGAACAGAACCUGUCAGGAGAAGCAUGUGUGUGUUCUGGUAAGGAGCAGAUGUGCAGACUCUUCUCAGCGGUUACUACAUAUUGUUUAUUGUGGCCAGUGAACAAUGUCACGAUGGCUUCUUCUCAUUUUGAUGGCAGACGCACUGAAUGUUUAGCCAUAUUCACUAACUCCCGUCUGUUAGAGUCCACUUUAAACCCUGUCUGACCCACAUCAUGUUUAACCCAUGACUGUGGAAGGAGUGUCUGUGUGUUCGGCUUCAGAACCCCAGACCAUCGGCGCUGUCUGGAGUCAAGCGAAGCCCACAGACGUGCAGAUGCUCCUGCAGCAGUGAGGUCUGGUUCCUCUGUGACCUGCAUGGACACGAGGCAGCAUGUGUCCUGUGUGGGACUUCAGCUGGUUCUGGUCGAGUUCUGGUGAACUGUAACUAGUUUGUAACACAUUCACAUGUUAAUCGUCAUGCGAUACAGAACACUCCUUGUUUCCAGUAAUUGAACCUAAUGAAGGCAUGAUAUGUAUUUAUGUGUUAAUGGGAGUCAGGUGUCGUCUGACCACCAGGUUUGCACACGACUCCACUGUCUAUGAUAUCAUGAAGUUUGUAUUUUAUCCUUUAAACUGGAGGCAUCAUUAAAGAACCUUUUCUUUCUGA